CAUCCGGGGCACGGUUGGGCCCCUCACACCGGGCCGAGGAGGCGAGCGGUGGCGGCGGCGUCGCGGUAGACGCGGCGCGAACUCGUCAACAUAACACACAAUAUAUAUUUAUAUAUUAACACGCCCAAUCGCCAUUGUUAAAUAAAAUAAAACCUACCGCCGUUACCAGCGGCGGCAGCGGCAGCAGCAGCAGCAGCACGGCAGGGCCUAGCGGAGGCGGCGUCUCCGCCCGCCCAUGAGGGGCGAUGCUCGGCGCCGUUCGCUUCGUGGAGCGGCGCCGCAGGGCGGGCGGCGAGGAGGCGGCGGCGCUGCGUCGCCGCCUGCAGGCGUCGCGCCUCGCCAGGGCUCGCGGCCUCUUCCACCGCGAGCUGCGCGGACACUUCGGCUGCGUCAACGCCGUCGAGUUCUCGUGCGGGGCCGGGUCGUGGCUCGUGUCAGGUGGAGAUGACCGGCGCGUGCUGCUCUGGGAUGUGGAGCGAGCGGUGCACGGCAUGGGCCAGCCCGUGCCCAUGACCGGGGAACACCACUCAAAUAUCUUCUGCCUGGCCUUCACCUCUGACAACAAACGCAUCUUCUCAGCCGGCAAUGACGAACAGGUCAUCCUCCACGACGCCGAGAGGGGCGACACGGUGGACGUGUUUCCGCACGAGGAGGCCGUCUAUGGCCUCUCGGUGAGCCCCGACAAUGACUGCGUCUUCGCCAGCUCCUCCGACGAGGGCCGCGUGCUCAUCUGGGACACGCGGAUCUCCCACCACGAGGAGCCGUUCUGCCUGGCGAACUACCGCUCGCCGUUCCACGGGGUGAUGUUCAACCCCGUGGAGUCGCGCCUCGUCGCCACUGCCAACUCCAAGGAGGGCGUGGGGCUGUGGGACGUGCGCAAGCCUCGCAGCUGCCUGUGGAGCUACGGUGGCGACGGCGGCCCCGCCAGCGCCAUGAGCGUUCGCUUCGACGCCAGCGGCGGCCGCCUGGUGGCGCUGCGGCGCCGCCUGCCGCCCGUGCUGUUCGACGUGCGCCACACGCGGCCCCUGUGCCACUUCCAGCACCCCGGCUACUACAACUCGUGCACCAUGAAGAGCUGCUGCUUCGCAGGCGACCGCGACCAGUACGUGUUGUCGGGGUCGGAUGACUUCAACCUCUACAUGUGGCGGAUCCCCGACGAGCCCAUUCAAGAGGCCGAGCGGACGGUGCCGCGAGCCUUCUUGGUGCUGAAGGGCCACCGCUCGAUCGUCAACCAGGUCCGCUUCAACAACAACACCCACAUGCUGUGCUCCUCCGGGGUCGAGAAGGUCAUCAAGGUUUGGUCCCCGUUCGUGCAGCCCGGUUCCCGCGGCGACCUGUCUGGCGAGGCGCAGGAGCCGCGCCGGGCCAUGUACACGCACGAGGAGUACAUCGGCCUGGUGCUGUCGAGCGGCUCGGCGCUGUCGCACGACUACGGGCAGCAGUCGCUGGACGAGGACCCGCGCAUGAUGGCCUUCUUCGACUCGCUGGUGCAGCGCGAAGUGGACGGCUGGAGCUCGGCGUCCGACAGCGACGCCAGCCCCGGCGCGCUAGCGUGGGUGCCCCGCGGCGCCGCGGCCGAGCGGAGCCCCCUGACGGGGGUGCUGGUGCCGCUGGACGAGUGGGAGCGCCAGCCUCGCGAUCCGCGCCCCCUGCAUCCUCCCCGCAUCCCUCGCGGCGCGGUUCCCUCGGCCGCCGCCCCUCGCGGAACCACCACCAGCACCGGCAGCAACGACGGCGGCGCCGGCGGCACCGACAACAACAACGCCGGCAGCGGCAACGGGAGAGGCGGCACGCGGCGGCGGUGGCGGCGGCGCCGCGCCGCGGACGUUUCGCCGGACACGUCGGACGACGACGGCGGCGGCGGCGGCGGCGGGGAGCGCCGAACGCCCGACGCCGACCAAAACGACGACGACGACGGAAGGAAAAACGGAGGCGGCGACGGAGCGAGAGACAGCGGAGAGAGCGGAGAGAGCGGCGAGGACCGGCGAGCCAGCACGCGCCGGCGCAACGCGGCGCGCACGCGCGCCCGCAAGCAGAGGAGCCGCCGGCACCCGCCGGACGGGGGGGCGGCCGCCGCGGCCGCCGCCGCCUCGUUAUCGUCCGAGAGCGGCGGCGCCGGCGGCGGCGCGGGGCCGGCGGCGUCGUCGUCGUCGUCGUCGGACACGAGCGCCCGCUUUGGUGACGGCGCCGCGGAAGCCCGCAAGGUGUUCCGCGUCUACAACAAGAUCUGCAACAGCUACAGGAGGCACCUGCGCAAGGGGCGGCAGCAGCAGCCGCAGCCGCAGCAGCAGCAGCAGGAGGAGGAGGAGGAGCGGCGUGCGGUUGCGGGUGACGCGGAGGAGGACGGCACCGGAGAAUGGAUUUUGAUCAGAGGCCCGUACCACGACGACGUUGACGACGACGUUGACGACGACGUUGGGUCCAACAGGCCAGCCCGACAGACGCCCACGUGCAGCUGGCUCACGGACGAGGAGGAGGAGGAGGAGGCCGGCGGCAGCGCCGCGAGCGGGAAAAGGCGAGCGACGGAUAAAACCUCGUCGUCGGCGUCGACGAUGUCGUCCUCGUCGUCCGGUUUCGACGAGGCGAGGGGCACCACGUCCAGACGUCGCCGACUGACGAACGGCAAAGCGGCGGCGCCGGCCUCGUCGUCGUCGCCCUCCUCGUCGUCCUCGUCGGCGGCGGCGGUGGCGUCGUCGUCGCAGGCCUCGUCGUCCUCGUCGUCCCCGACAUCGUCGCGGGCGUCGUCCUCGUUGUCGCGCUCUUCAUCAUCCGGGGACGGGCGCCGCCGCGGCCGCCAUUGCCGCCGGGUGACGGAGAGCGACGAGGAGGAGGAGGAGGAGGAGGAGACGAAGAGGAACGGCGACUUUGGUGCUCGCGACGGCUCCGGAGGCGGCGGCGGCGGCGGCGGCGACGUCGUACAUUCCGCGUCCGCUCGGGCGUCUAAACGACGGCACGAGGAGGAGGAUGAGGAGGAGACGGACGCGGGCGAGGAGGUGGUUGAGGAGGUGGGCAAUGAGAAGGAGGCAGCAUCGCCCGAGCCGGGCGGAAAGAGGAAGCAAAAGAGGCAGCGCUGACGGGGGAACCGAGACGAGACGGGAGCGGCGGCGGCGGCGGCGCGGCUUCGCUUCUCACCGAGCGCUUUCCGGAUCGCGGGUCGGUGAGCGGAGCAGGCCGCCGCGGCCGGAGGUCUGCUGGGAGUGGUGUGAUGGGAGUGGUGUGAUGGGAGUGGUGUGCUGGGAGUGGUGUGCUGGGAGUGGUGUGCUGGGAGUG